AUGUCUUUAAGAGUCAACCUCUUGGAUAAAUUAGAAAUAAAAUUAUUGAUAAAUUUCACUGAGCUGCGUGUAAAUGCAGUUGGUACUUCAACAAGACUUUGGAAAACAGACUGGUUGGCGACACUUUUCAUAAAGUAUCACCUUUUUCAAAUGUUAGCUGUCAUAUUAAUAUUUAAUUGA